AAUGAUAGAGGUCUCAAGAAACAAAUAGAUUGAAAGAGUAAAACUAAGUCUUGAUUCUGACAAGUUCAACUAUUUCUUGGCCUAGUCCUUAAAUAAGGUUACCAGUCAUCGCUCAUUACAACAAUUAGCCAAAACUCUUGCUGAUCACUUCAUCUAGAACCAAAUAGAAAUCCGCAACAAAUCUAAUCAAUAGCGUCAAAGACAAAAUGCACUUCCUUAGAUUAUUAGACGAUCUUAAUAAUCAAUUAAAGUCCUUCCAAAGCCUCCUCGUAUUGAACCAAAACAAUAAUAAAUUCCUUUAAACAAAGUUCCCUUUACUAUUCUUGAACCCUAAUAUUCAUAUCUCUUGGGUGGAGGCAAUAAUCAUGAACUAAUAAAACGCAUCAUGGACACAAGACGUGAAUGGCAUCAAUGUAAAAGUACUACAAGAGUUCAUUUUAGAUGGUAGUAAUCUAAUAUAGGUUACAAAUAUUACAAAAUGAAUGCCUACAAUCCUCAUAGAUCAUUAGUCAAUCAUUUUGAAUUUCAUUAAGAAAUAAGUAAUAAGAAGAAUCUCCUUUUGAAUAUGACUACCUUUUGUGAUUCCAUUCAUAGAAAUGUAUUUGACAUUCUUCCUGUGACAUUCAUUAUUGAUUUUAAUGAUUCAUAAAUUGAGUCUCAUCUUGUUGCAUUUCUCAAUUAUUAUAACCAAUACUCCCCUAAUCCUAUAUCUUCAGAUGAACUCUUACUUAAAAAAUAAGAAAUCAAAAAGAAACUCAGAAUUCCACCUAGUAAAGAAAGGAGAUUUAUUGAUUAUUAAAUGAAAGAUACUUUUUUAGGAGAUGAUUAUUUAUGGCUCCUUAAACCAACAGGAUUAAAUCGAGGUAGAGGUAUCAAUGUCUUUAACAGUAUUGAUCAAUUAACUGAUUUAUUAAUUGAAUAUACAUCAGGAGUAAGUGAAAAGCAUAUUGAAACUCCUAAUGAAAAAAUAUAUUAAGGAAUAAUUAUAAAAUCUCCUUCUUUUGUAGUAUAGAAGUAUAUUGAAAAACCUUUACUAAUAAAUAAUCGUAAAUUUGAUAUAAGAGUUUGGGUUUUGGUUGAUUAAGAUUUAAAUUGCUAUUUCUUUAAGUAUUCUAUAAAUAUUAAAUAAUAGAGAAGGAUACAUAAGGACUGCAUCUGAAGAUUUUGUUACAAAUGAUGUUAACAAUUUAUUUAUCCAUUUAACAAAUAAUGCAAUUUAGAAAUAUAGUCAAAAAUAUGGGGAUCAAGAAGCAGGAAAUCAAUUAUCAUUUGAUUAGAUUUAGAAGAUUUUUAAGAAUAAGAUUGAUUUUAGAUAAGUAAUUGUUAAAAAGAUGAAAGAAAUAGCAUUUUUAGUAAUGAAUUCAGUAGGAAAUAAAAUAAAUAGAAAUAAUCGUAGAAAUUGUAUGGAAAUAUUUGGAUUUGAUUAUUUCUUAGAUGAAAAGUUCAAUCUAUAUUUAAUAGAAGUUAAUACAAAUCCAUGUAUUGAAGAAUCUAGUCCUUUGUUGGCUCAAUUGAUUCCUAGAAUGUUAGAUGAUGCUUAUAUUUUGACACUUGAUUCGAUCUUUAAUAUAUCAAGAGAGAAAGUUAGUCCAUUUCCAGUUAAAGGUUACUAAAAUAAUGAGAAUAUGUGGUAUUAAAUGAUUAUUUAUUUAGGUAAUUGUUAGGAUCGCUUAAAGAUUAAGUUAUUUACUAAUGA